CUUCAGUUCCAUGGCUGCGUCCCAAGUUUCGGUUUUGAAGAUGAGGACUCUUCUUUUUGGGGUUAUUCUUGGACUUCUUGCUGUUGUCCACUCAACACCUCUCAAUACUGUGACUCAGAUCCCCUCCAAAGCUGAGGAUGAAGUCAUCAGAGAGGCCGCGACUGAAGGAUUCCUCAUCGAAAACUUUUUGCUCCCUAAAACGUACACAACCGUUCAGGUGUCCGAGCAGCCGACCUCUGAGAGUGGCAUGAUUGAGGGCAGCGGAGAGGAGCCCAGCGACCAGUCCACGACCUCCGUGACCCUCCAGUUUGGAACCACAACUGUUUCUCCUGCUCUGAGCUCUGCCUCCACAGCCUUGCCAAGUUACACUGACGACUCCAGUUCAGGUUCAUUCACCACCCAAAUGCCCGACCUCGGCUCGACCUCGGCGCCAAACAAAGCCCAGUCAAGCGUCACCCCGGACCACAUCUUGGCCUCUCAAACCACUGACCAGGGUUCUGGAGAAGGGUCUGGAUAUGGAGUCUCCACUACUACUACAAGCUCCAGUAUGACCUCCAGCUCCAACUCAGAAACUAGCGCCCCAUCGUCAUCCACAGCGGUGUUUGGAAUCAGCAAAGGCUCAAGCGUAGGUGUGGGAUCAGGACGGGACCCCAGUGAAGAGCCAACAUCUAUUAGAAACAAAAAAUUGUUUUCUAUUGUUUAUGAAAAAAACAGACAAGAUAUUACACCGGCAGCUUCCAUAGGAGGCAGUACACCAGGCUGGAUGAUCAUCGUUGGUUUUAUUGUUGGUCUUGCAUCACUGGUAAUGCUCUUCGUCGCCAUCGCCACAAGAGACAAGUGGAAUGGACCGAGCCAGGUUUCCAAGCUCGUGGCUCAAACUAACAACGUAAACCAGCAGAAGGAGGUGGAGAUGGAGACGUUCCUGCCCAAAGACAAUCCCAAGGAGAACGGACACACGGCAGAGUACACAGUCAUCCCCCUGGAAGAGCUUCCGGAGAAUCAUUCAUCACACUGAAGUUUUGGAAACAUGACCCUCUGGAGGUUUUAGACUCAUCACAGAACCACAAGACUGAGAUUUGAUCAGGACAAACCUGUUGGGGCUGUUGAGCAAAAAGGUUUCUGUGGACUUUCGCAAGUCUGAGCCAAGUCCCCAAAACUCUCCAAAAAUCAUAUCUUUGCUUUAAAACAAACAUUUCCUGGUUGUUGCUUUUAUUUUAUUCUUUUAACUGUAAAAUACAAAACCGGUCGGGUAUGUUGCUCAAAUGCCCUUUAUUUCAAGUCUUAACUGUGUCUUUUUCUUUUGUAAAUAUUGUCUUAAACUUAGAGGUCUGUUAAUGGAUGGACACGAGGAAAAAUAUGUGUCCAUUAUGGUGAAUUUUUUUAUAAAGUAUUCUUAUUAUUAAUAUUAUUUUAAAUCCUUUUGCAAAAACGUGAUUGACGACUGUGUUGUGGAUUGUAACUUAUAUUAAGCUGUUCUGUUGUUUUCCCUUCAUCCAUUAAAGAAGCUCUGUGUAU